AUGGCUCAAAAUGUCGGUCCCAACGGGAGCACCGAUCGCCGUUCCAGUGCUGUUCAGAUACCCCCGAACCGCCCAACUUCUCCUCGACCACGAUAUCGUACGGAUACACGCACACGAAAAGACAUUACCGGGGGGAGGGUCAAACCUGGCAAUACCCAGCCGACCAGCUGGACAAAGAAGAACAACAAGUACGGGCGGACGGGAGCACAGCGAAGAGGCAACGCCAAACGUCAACCACAAGGCAGAGAAGACGCAGCCGAACUUUUGGAGGCACCUCAAACCAACCGAAACGUUACGCUUAUUGUCAGAGGACCCAAACGAGCCGUGCCCAUCCAGGACGGCGACAAGCGAUUUGUCCACUUUCUUGCUGAUGGCAUUGGACUUCAUGACGAGAAUGGGAGAGACAUAGGCCCCGGUGCACUGGUGCGCAGGAUUGAAUGA